AGUUUUGGGUAAAGAGUUAAUAGAUAACAAUUCUAACACCUCUAGAUGCUAAUAAAUUGAGUAAUGGAAUUAGAAUUGUCCAUUGAUGGUAGAACUCAAGAGUCUCUGUGUGCUGGAGCCGCUCUUGUUGCUGCUGCUGCCAGGCCUUUGUGGGACAAAUCCAAAUUCAAUUUCAAGGUGUAUAAUGAGGGGAUCUCCAACCAGCUGGUAGGAAUUUGGCCCCAUGACCUAACCAAAGAAGAGCAAGUGCUUGUUCGGGUCUAUGGCAAAAGCACUGAACUCUUUAUUGAUCGUGGUGCAGAAAAACGUAAUAUACAGCGACUGCAUUCAAAAGGAUGUGGCCCAUCUCUUCUGUGCAGUUUCAAAAAUGGCAUAUGUUACUCCUACACUGUUGGAGUGCCUCUCACCACAGAUACUGUGAUGCAAGAGGACAUCCGCCUUGCAACUCUCACUUGCAUGGCAGACCUUCACUCCAUCGAAUGGGAUGAGACCUUGGGUGCCCCUGUGUUGUUUAAAAAAAUUCAGCUGUUCAUGGAUCUGUUGCCGGAAUUGCAUACUGAAGUUUGCUUCAAAAGUGCAGUGCUAGAAGGCUACACCAAGGAAAACAUUAAGAAUGAAGUGGCAGAAGUUGAGAGAGCUGUCAGAGGUUUGAACUGUCCAGUAACCUUCUGCCACAACGAUACUCUGCUUGCAAACGUCAUUUGGAACAAAGAAGAGAGGCGUGUUCAUUUCAUUGACUUUGAAUAUGCUGCCCCCAACUUCCAGCCUUUUGAUAUUGCUAAUCAUUUCUGUGAAUAUGCAGGUGUGGACGAGGUGGACUACAGUCGCUACCCAUCUGAGGAGUACCAGACACUUUGGAUCUCUCAGUAUCUGUCGCGCUUAAAGAAGCCUUCACAACGUCCCCUAGCGUGGUGGCUGGCAGCGGUCAAGGCACUGGCGCUUGCUUCCCAUCUCUUCUGGGGCACCUGGGCUCUGGUGCAGGCCCAUCACUCCUCCAUACAAUUCGACUUUGCAGGAUACUCCGUCUGUCGUCUGAAUGAAUACAGGCGCCGGAAAGUCGCCUUCCUUGACUCAGCCAGACUCUUUGGACCACAAGACUCGCUGCAACAAGCACAAGAAGAGCAACAAGAGAUCAAGCAGACUGACUCACCAUUCUCUACAGUAGUGCCUAUGCUUGGUAGUCCCCAGCCUACAUCUUAGCAUUCAACAUGCAACAAUUAUUGGCUGAGCCGGUACCACUUGUACAACAACUCAUUAGAAGAGCUGUUUUUAGGACGAAAAUUUUAAAAUUUUGUAAAUCAUGCGCCGGGCUCGUUAUUCCUACAUACUCAGCUUCCCUAGGUUAUGUUGGAUUUUUUCCUGAAAUUUGUGAAUGCGCCCAUCUUUCCGUAGUAUUUUAAGCGGUUUCAUCGGUUGUUGCAGAAGCAUUCCUUAAUGUUAGAAUUUUUUACUUUAUCCCUUGCAUAUAUUUCACUUAAUUCUAUUGUUUCCUACUCAUGUAACUUUUCCACCUGUGCUUUGUUAAUGUCAUUAUAGAAUAUUUUUAUGAGAUGAAAGGUCUUAGAGCGCAUUAUUUUUUGUUGUGUUGAUCAUCUAGAAAACUAGUUUCUGCGAAAUUAAAUAAUAAUCACGAGAAAAUUAUUCGUCUUACUUCAAUCGCUCUGCAUUAUUGUCGCUCGUCUCGUGUGUUGCUAUUUUUUUUCUAUGUACCUUUUAUUUUCAUAUAAUUUGUUCUUCAGUUCUCAUUUAACAAAGAGUGUUCAUUUAAAUAUUGCAGGUUAGCCCGGUCUAUCCUCUGGAUCUGUCUUUGACGAGUCUCACAUUAUCUCGGUUGGUCUGUACUAACUAUGCUAUCGAAACUAUCUGCGUUGUGUACGUUAAUAAUACCAUUUAUGAGGUCUUUCUUAAUUUUAUGGUAAUCAAGUUCACUUGAACUAAAUACAUCCAUAUUUGGAGUAUCUCGUACUCUCGGUCGGUAAUAGCAAUGAGCAUUUACGUCAGUUGACUACGGUACUUCCUGAACCUGAAAAAAUCAGUUUCUUGUCCACAAUUUAGUAAUUAUUUAAUCGGCGUAACUCAAUUGUUGGAGUAAAAGUUGCAACUACUGGUAAACGCUGGCAACUGCCUGCCUACCGCUGUUGCGCGAUUAAGAAUCUUAUGUCCACUAUUGGGAGCUCACAAAUUCAUCUUAAUUCGACAUAACGGCCUCGCCUCCUGCAUAGAGUUCUGCAACGCGCUCGGAAGGCUAGUUGUUACAACGGCUUUUUAUUGUCAAUUAUCGAUUAAAGUACGGAUUAUUUUCUUAAUUCAUUGUGGUCAAAAUCUUUAGAAUUAGUGGAAGUGAUGACUGCAUACUAAUUACUUGCAAUUGCUAUCAAGAUAAUAUUAAUAUUAAUUAUUUCUAGCAUUCCUGCGGAACGUGCGAUUUUUGCAUUUCGGUUCGUUGCUUUUUUGUAUUUGAUGCUUUUGCUAAUCAUCUCUUAUCAUCCCUUGUUUGUUUGGAUAUUAUCCAAUGCUCAGAGCUCUAGCGAUUGUAAAUGCUGAAUAUCAAAAUUAUCUGACUAGAAUUACUAUUGUUAUUGUUUUGAUGUGUUGUUUGACAAUUUUUGUUCCGGGCGUUUGUUUAUAGAGUUAACGAGUCCAUCGCACUCCUGAUGCCGAGUACCAUUUUUUAAUAGCCAUAAAUUCGAUCUUGUGCAUUGAAUAUACUAUCUAAUCACUGUUAUGGAAUGCAGGCACAUCAACCCUUAAACAAUAUUAUUAGAGCUUUUCAGAUCAGAUGGAUUUUAUCGAUUGUUGCUGCCAUGCAACGACGUAUGGGUAGUUUUUCACACAAUUCCAAUAUAAUAUUUUUGUUUUGUUUACACGUUUUAUUCUUGUGCGUUCUUUUUAUAUAAUGAAUUUGUUGUUUGAUGCAUCCCUGUGAUAUGUGUACUUAAUCUGUCUAUCCGGUUGUAAUUUCACUUGUUUUAGGACAAUUAUUGUUUCU